CCGGCGUCAGAGGCGAGCAGAGAAAUGGCGGGAGCGAACUUCCUCUCCACCGCGGCGCUCGUCGCCCGCGGCGUCGCUGCCUGCUCUUCUAUUUCAACUCCGACACGGAGGCACCCGCAAAUCCGGGUGUGCUGCCGGGCUGACGUUGAGGCUAUGGAGGCCUAUGCCCAUGAAGAGCGCCUUCGAUUCCGUCGGAGAGAUUUCAUCGGCACCUGCGUCGGCACCGCUAUUGGUUUGGAAAUGAUCGACGGCUCUACGAGUUUCUCUGGAGUGGCUACUGCAGCUGAUCUCAUUGAGCGUAGACAAAGGUCGGAGUUCCAAUCAAAAAUCAAAGACACCCUUUACGUAGCCAUAAAGGCUAAGCCAGAGCUCGUUCCAUCGUUGUUGACCAUGGCACUGAAUGAUGCCAUGACAUACGACAAGACCACAAAAACUGGAGGCGCAAAUGGAUCUAUCAGGCUAGAAACAAGCAGACCUGAGAACAGUGGGCUCUCUUCCGCGUUGGAUUUGCUGACUGAAGCCAAAAAGGAGAUCGAUUCCUUUUCCAAGGGAGGUCCCAUUUCGUUUGCAGAUCUGAUCCAGUUUGCAGCACAAUCAGCACUGAAGAGAUCGUUUCUUGACGCUGCCAUUGCCAAAUGUGGUGGAAAUGAAGAGAAGGGAAGAACACUGUACUCUGCAUAUGGUUCAAAUGGGCAGUGGGGUCUGUUCGAUAGAACGUUCGGGAGAGCAGACGCACAGGAAGCAGAUCCAGAGGGAAGAGUGCCUGACUGGAGCAAGGCUUCUGUGCAGGAGAUGAAGGAUAGGUUCGUCGCUGUUGGGUUGGGUCCUCGCCAGCUUGCUGUUAUGUCAGCGUUCCUUGGACCUGACCAGGCUGCUACGGAGGGACGACUGAUAGCUGAUCCGGAUUGCCGUCCAUGGGUGGAGAAGUACCAGCGGAGCCGCGAGACCGUCUCCCGGACUGACUAUGAGGUUGACCUGAUAACUACACUCACAAAGCUGAGCUCCCUUGGCCAGAAGAUAAACUACGAAGCCUACACAUACCCUAAGCAGAAGAUUGACCUGGGAAAACUGAAACUGUAAGAGAUGAUUGCCGGGCACCUGCAUCGGCCGUAUCCAGGAAUCGGGAGCUAAUUGUAUGGUAGGCUCUGUCUGCUAGAGUGAUUUGAUUCGGCGCUGACGUCCAAGUAUUGGCUACUUACUGGUCAGCUGUCAGACAUUCUUCCCACGGCAAUUAGGAUGGUCCCUGUACAUGGUUAAAUUGGUUCUCCCAUUUCGUUUUGUGUGAACUUGAAGAGGCAAACGCUUGUGAGAAGUGAGGUGUUGUGUCAAUCCCCUUACGUAUACGAGACGACUGAAGAAUUAGUAGAAAAGAAGUGCAAGUGUCAUGUCUUGAGUCUGAAGUCUGAGCUCAUGUUUCUG